AUGAAAUACAGUCUAUACGACCGCUUGUUGGAGCGGGAAGUAGCCACCGGCCGUAAGAAGCAGUAUUCUAGCGUACUGGGGCUGUACGGCGACAGACAAUGGGCGCAGGAUAUGGAUAUUGUGAACGAGCUGGAAGGCCAUAAUGGAUGCGUGAACGCUCUUUGGUACCACAUCGCCCCCUCUGGCUCUGACGAUCACCGUAUCAACAUCCAUUCCUACCAACCCGAAUCUUCCGCAUCCCAGUUCAGCCUCACGACCUCCAUUUUGACGGGCCACCAGACCAAUAUCUUCUCUGUGAAGUUUAUGCCCUACUCUAGUGACCGAACUAUCGUAUCCGCCACCGAUGAUGUACGCAUAUUCGAUAUCGAGCACUCAGGACACUCGGCAUUUGGCUCUGCAGCUGCAGGACGAUCACAAGGAGUGAGGAGACGCGUGGGGAUCCAUGGCGUACCCGAUGGGCUGACGCUGACCGAAGGAGAUACCAAUGCGAAGGCUUUUAAGAGUCACAAGGACACAGUGAAGCGUAUCGUGACCGAGGACACACCCUUCUAUUUCCUCACCUGCUCCGAGGAUGGCGACGUAAGGCAAUGGGAUGUGAGACAGCCGUCAAGGGUCUAUCCGCCACAGAGGGACAGUAUGAUGCCAAGCUGGGCUGCAGGUAGCGAUGCGUCUGACAGUGUUCCUCCGCCCUUAAUCUCGUACAGUCGGUACCACUUGGAUCUGAACACGGUUUCAUGUUCCCCAUCGCAGCCGCAUUAUAUCGCCCUUGGUGGCGCGCACUUGCACUGCUUUCUUCACGAUCGUCGAAUGCUUGGAAGGGACAAGUUGCGCGAACGUGGUGCCAAACUGGGGGAUCCUGGAGGGCAUCAUGAUGAUGACAUGUUAGGCAAGGCUACCCAAUGCGUCAAGAAGUUUGCUCCGAACGGGCAGCGGCGAAUGAAGCGCCGCGACAAUGGACACAUUACUGCCUGCAAGAUUAGUGAUGCGAAUCCAAACGAGCUCGUAGUCAGCUGGUCUGGAGACUACAUCUAUAGUUUCGAUAUGAUGAGAAGCCCGGAUGCGUCAGAGGAGACGGAAGAAUCUGGACCAUCGACGGCACCAUCCAAGCGUCGUGUAAAGGACAAGAGUCGAAAACGUAAACGCCCAAAGUCUAGUAUCCUGUCUCAAGAAGGUGCGAACCGGGCUGAGUCACGGCAACGUACAGAGAGCUCAGAAGAAGGUUUGGCAUUGCGUGUUAAUUAUGCGAAUGGUCAAAGCGAAGAGAUCCGUGUGGAAGCUCCAAAUAGUCCUCUGACGCCUAGCGAGACAGCAGAGAUUCAAGCUACUGAUCAUUACCGAAUCGCGAAGACUACCAUUGGGCUUCUCCCUAAAAUUUUCGAUCUUUCGGAAAUCUUGUCUAGUAACGUCGGCAGCCCCGCCGCCUACAUAUCGGUCUUCACUUCUGUCCUUGGGUCUGCGGCUUCUGUGCUGCCUGAUAUGGAUGAAAUAUCCAGAACAUGGCGUUAUCCGGUCGAUCCAUCACCGGUCGAUGUUGCGGUACAGAACAAGCUUCGUGAACAACGAGGCUCUUUCCGACGGUUCGUGCAGGCCGCGGGCACGCUUGCUCGUGUACUUGGAGGCCAGCUACGAACGGGCGGAGACGCUAAUGCUUUCAUCGCUCAAUACUUCGCCUCGAUUCAGCACGCACCUGGCGAAAGACGAGUACCUCAACAUGAACAAUUUGCAUACGACUUUCUCAAAGCCAUUCUACUAUGGCUUGAUAGUGGAGUGCAGUCUGUCAUAGACGGCUUCUCUAGCCCGAGCUCGAAUCCCCGCAUGCCACUUCCCCCGGAUGCUGAUUCCGAUGCAAUUGACGAGAUUCUUAUCCCCUACCUUCUCCAGUUGGCGAGUGAUGAUCCCAUCGUCAACGUAGAUGUGUCGAGAUUUGAGACGGAUGAGACUCGAAUCCUGUUCUCGUCUGAGAAAGCCGCCGUUAUUGCAUUCAGUAGGGCUGUAAAGGUUCCGUUCGCUGAUCUGACUGGGGCACACGUACCUGCAUCUGGCGAUGUGUCAAUUGACGACGAUGUGCCAGGGCAAGAUCGCGCAGCGGCAGUGAGAAACUGGGCGUUCAGGAUCGGUAGGGGCUUGUUGCUGAACGCUGCGAAAGGGAUCCGUUUCGCUGCAGUUGAUCGGGCGUUUGGUGGAAGUGGGCUAGCAGACCCGAGUAUUCAGGCCGAAGAGAUGGAGCAUCGUGAGCGCCAAGAAGACAUCGACCCGCUUGAGGAGGAGGAUGAUGAUGAUGUUGUCGUAGAGGCGGAGCUCGUGAGCCGCGCCUGGGCUGAUCAAGCGACUGCAGACUCGGGAUCAGCUGGAACCCCCAGCGCAGCAGCAACUGGUACCAGCGAGAGCAGCGGUCCACGGGUUCAAGAGCCUGAGGAAGUGGUAGAGGAAGAAAUCGAAGAUGAAGAAGGUGAAGAGGACUCAGAUGGUGACGUUGAUUCUGGGAACGAAGACCAAGACGAAGACGAAGACGAAGAUGAUGAUGUCGACGAGGACGGUCUUGCACGCACACGAAGCGGUCGCGUUCUGUGGCGUUCCGAUUUUGAUCGCAGCUAUCUUCGGGAGCGCGUUGAAUCCCACGUACCUUGCGCGCCGCAUACCCGUGUCUACACUGGGCACUGUAAUGUCCGAACCGUGAAGGAUGUCAACUUUUUUGGCCAGAAUGACGAAUACGUCGUUAGCGGUAGCGACUGUGGACAUCUCUUUAUCUGGGAUCGGAAGACAGCUCAGAUUAUCAAUAUACUAGAAGGCGACGGCGAGGUUGUCAAUGUGGUCCAAGGAAAUCCAUACGAACCAACAAUGGCGGUUUCCGGGAUAGACCACACAAUCAAGAUCUUUUCGCCAGAUGCUAACGCCCAACGUAAUGCUCGUAAGGGAAUUGGCGUCCAUUCCGCCGACCGCGGACUUUCUAGCCUGGGGUUCGGACGAAGUAGACGACGAACGCGACGCCCUUCUGCAACCUCGCCUCCUGCAGUGCCUCGCGAUCCUUCACUUAGUGAUGAUGACGAUGAUGACGACGUUGCGGAGAACGGUCUUAAGAGUCGAAGAGCUAUGCAUGAGCAGUACCAGAUCACGUCCCAGAACGACAUGGACAGGAAAGGCGGUCGAGAAGACGCGUUCAUAACUAGGGCGCUGCUUGCUCAGUUGGCACAGCGACUGCACGGGCACCAGCAGAUCGUCCUGGGUGGUGGCGGCGAAGAAGAUGAGGAUGGCGAAGGGACCAUCGUGUUCAACAACGAUGAGGGUUGCAAUGUCCAAUAA